GAUCUUAGUAGACAUUUAGUUAAUGUUUGGGAAAAUGAAAUGUGCAAAUUUAGUUUAAAGUGAAAGAGAUUUUUAAUUGAGUGCAUAGAACAAAGAGUGAGAGUAUGUUGCAAUGUUGUAUGAUAAGUCAAAAAUACUCUACUGGACGCAUCGUCUCUCUCUGAGACCCGACGAGAUACAAAAACUAUCUCCCGAAGAGCUCAACUGUCGUCUUCAGCUGCUGGAAGAAAGGGAACGAGCGCAGGAGUUGCGCAUGGCCAAGUUCAAGCGUUGGCAGAAUCUUUGCGAGUUGCGUUGGCUGAUGUACGAAGUGCAGCGAGAGUUCAAUGUGAAGCACGGUCAGGCAGCGAUUGGUGUCUCCAUUUGGCGAAUACUUGCCUUGGAGCAGAACAGCCUGGAAGCGGAGCUGCAGCUGGAUGAGUUGCGAGGCAGUUGCCAACGUUUUCCAUCCCCAAUGUCGAUGAUGGUGCCGGAAUGUGAGCCGGAUGAAAAGCUUAAACCUUUGAGAUCUAUGUUGACUGGAUUAAGUAGUCAGAAGAAUGAAUUGAGAACGCCCUUUACGGAUGCGCUUUACGAACAGGAAAGACAGCUAAGGGAGGAAAGGGAAUUUGAGGAAGAAAUCACAACCGAAGAGGAAGCAUUUGAGGAGCAAGUGGAGCAAAGCAGCAGCUCAGCCCGUAGUUUGAGUAGACUUGACUUACAGGAGGAUCUGCUGGACAUACAUCUCGAGCUGCAGAACAUAAAACGUUCCACAGCGCGUUGCGAUUGGAUUAUGGAUGCAUUAUUUGCAUCACACGGGGAGCGAGAAGAUCUCAGUUCACAGUCUCAGCCAAGUGACAUUAGAUGCUAUCGACAGCAGAUAUCCUGGCAAACUAUUUGCGAUUAUUGAACAGAUCAAGGUAACAUCAGCCCCUUUUAAGGCCUUUUGGCUGGUUGGCUGCACUUAAUCACUUUUUGAUGGCCAGGUCCGUUGUGCCUCGUUGGCUGUCAAUUAAAUGGACACCUGCACGCCUAAUGCGACACUGUCUUCGUCCCAAUCUCUCUCCUCUCUCUGCGCACAAGUCGCAUUUGGCGCUUUUUUCACACUUUGCGGAACGUUGAACGCUGGUUUAUGGGCUGCCGCUGCCUGAACCUUGUCGACAUGGCUAACCAUGGCUACCAGGCCUCAUCGAUGCCAAGCUCAUGAAUUGAUAAAUGGCCGAGCAGCCAAAGAUCGGCGUCGGCAUCGCCAUCGACAACGUUCGACUUGCCUGGUUGUUGCUGGUUCAGUUCAGUUCAGUUCAUUGGCGGCCUUUGGCGAACCCGUUUGGAAAUUAAUAAGUUGCGAUUUGGCAGCCUCAAGGGGGCGCCCAACUUGCUGAGUGCCUCCGGCUGGCGGUUUAUCUUUGUAAAUUGCAAUUGAGGAAAUAUAUAUUGCCAGCAGA